AUGUCAGUCAAGAACAAGAAUAGGCAGAAGAGAGAGAGGGCGAAGGCCAAGAGGCGUUCACGAAAGCGGACACGGACGCGCAAGCGGGUGCAGACAACCGUGACGGCAGCAGCAGCGGCGGCGGCGAAGAAGGUGCAACGCGUCUAUUGCACCCCGAAAGGCGCCAUGUUUGUGCGCCUUCGCAAGGGUGGCUUCCACAACAACUGCGGCCCCCUCUCCUUGAUCCAACGAGACAUGGUGGGUGACGGAUUCCCGAUCCCUGCCAUCAUCGAAGCCACCAAUGGCGAGCUCGCGGGUGAUGUCAAGGAUGCCCUGCAGUGCAUUCGUGACGCCACUGUCAGCAACUCGCACGGCCGCGACGUCUUCGAUGGGCACAGCUCCGACAUCAAGGAAGAGAUUCUUUCGUUCGACGACCUGGUGCACAACGCGUCUUCCCCGAUCCUUACGAAGCCGAUGUGGGACGCAAUCAUGCGCUGUCCGCACGGCUACUUCGACGGCAGGGCGGUGAUGGGCGGUGGAGAGGCCCUGGAUCUGGACGGUCUUGUGAUCGCUCAGUUGAACAGAGAUGGACUCCUGGAGCCGGUGGACGGGUCGACGACCCCGAUUGCCGAGGCCAAGCAUCUCAUCUUUUUCGACGGACACGCGCACUUCGAGGCCCUCGUUUCUCUCGAGGAACUGCUCCCGGUGACCGACGCCGUCGAGGAAUCGGAGCCCCGAACAAUCACGCUUGGCGUAGAGGAGGAAGGUGUUGCCGUCCCGCUGGACGGUGCCAUCAGCUAUGUCGCGGGCGGGGCAGGAGAAACUGCCUCUUCUUUGCUAUCAGCGCACCUGUUCGCAUGCGUGGUCCUGGCGUUGCUUCGAAUCGUCGUGGUCUUCUCCCGCUACAUCGGAGACGUCGUCCGGACACACAUGGUUGGUAUGGAGGCGGCGGCGGAUGGCGGUGAAUCGGGGGUGGACAGUCCUUCUUCCGUGAUGGGCACGACGGACAGCUACGCGAGCUUUACGAUUCGCGUGCCGGACGAGUCCCUGCGGUGCAGACUCGUGCGCGGCAGGCGUUAUCGCGCCGGGCUACCCGGUGGCGUGAGUCGACAGAUCUUUCGGAGGCACUUGGCAGCCCUCCACCAGGUCCUCGCCGAGAUUGACCCGCCGCGGGUGUCACCUGUCUGUCGUUGGACUAACAAGACGGUCAUGGUUGGCGCGAUGUACCCCGCUGCCGCCAUAGCGUCCGCGGUCGGGUACGGUUUUGCGACAGCUGCCUUCGUGGCCACGUGCAUCUGGGCUGCCGUCGCCUCCUUGAUGUUCCCCGUCGAUCACACCCGCUCGGAAGCAGUCGGUGUCGACAAACCCCUCAUCACUCGCCUCGAGGCCGAUCGGUACUUCAUGGGUGACCGGCACCGAGUGCCUUGUCGCAAAACUCGUCGUCGCCACGGGAGGAGAGGCAACAGGGGAUAUCUCAAGAAGGUCUCCGCUUAUCACGCAGAGCCCAGUUCUGGUCGGCCCGGGCUAUGGUCCGUCCGCGGAGGAGCGGAUCCACCCGAGGUGUGUAUUAUUUCAUAUUUUAUAUUUUUCAUCUAG